UCGGCCGUGCCUCGCCGCCGCCGCCGCUCGGGGAGGGACCGCGGAGCGCCCGGACCGACCACCCGACCGCCGCCAUGUCCAAGCGCCACCGCCUCGACCUGGGGGACGACUACAGCUCCAGCAAGAAACGCACCACCGACGGGAAAGAUCGUGACCGGGACAGGGACCGUGAUGACCGUUCCAAAGACCGCGACAGGGAUCGUGACAGAGAUAGAGAUCGUGACAGAGAAAGGGACAAGGAAAAGGAUCUUCGACCUUCAUCCAACUCUACAUAUUAUGGGGCUGCUGGGUUACCAGCUAUAAAACCAGCAAUGAUUCCACACAGUAUUAACCCUUUCACAAAUCUACCACAUACACCACGAUAUUAUGACAUCCUGAAAAAAAGGCUACAACUUCCUGUCUGGGAAUAUAAAGAAAGAUUCACAGAUAUUUUGAUUAGGCAUCAGUCGUUUGUGCUGGUCGGAGAGACUGGGUCUGGUAAAACAACACAGAUCCCGCAGUGGUGUGUUGACUACAUGCGCUCGUUACCUGGCCCGAAGAGGGGAGUGGCGUGUACCCAGCCCAGGCGAGUGGCCGCCAUGAGCGUGGCACAGCGGGUUGCUGAUGAGAUGGAUGUCAUGCUGGGGCAGGAGGUCGGUUACUCCAUUCGAUUUGAAGAUUGCAGUAGUGCAAAAACCAUUUUGAAAUAUAUGACUGACGGUAUGUUACUUCGUGAAGCAAUGAACGAUCCUUUGCUGGAGCGCUAUGGUGUUAUAAUUCUUGAUGAGGCCCAUGAGAGAACACUGGCUACGGAUAUCUUGAUGGGAGUUCUGAAGGAAGUUGUAAGACAAAGAUCUGAUUUGAAGGUUAUAGUUAUGAGUGCUACUUUAGAUGCUGGCAAGUUUCAGAUCUAUUUUGAUAACUGUCCUCUUCUAACUAUCCCGGGUCGCACCCAUCCCGUGGAGAUAUUCUAUACUCCAGAACCAGAAAGGGACUACCUUGAGGCUGCCAUUCGAACAGUGAUCCAAAUUCACAUGUGUGAAGAAGAAGAGGGAGAUCUGUUACUCUUUCUUACUGGACAAGAGGAGAUUGAUGAAGCCUGCAAGAGGAUAAAACGAGAAAUUGAUGAUUUAGGUCCUGAAGUUGGUGACAUCAAAAUCAUUCCAUUGUAUUCCACCCUUCCUCCACAGCAACAGCAAAGGAUAUUUGAACCUCCCCCACCAAAAAAACAAAAUGGAGCAAUAGGAAGAAAGGUGGUUGUGUCCACUAACAUUGCUGAGACAUCAUUAACAAUAGAUGGUGUUGUGUUUGUGAUUGAUCCUGGCUUUGCAAAACAGAAGGUGUACAACCCUCGUAUCAGAGUGGAGUCUCUGCUGGUGACUGCGAUCAGUAAAGCUUCUGCUCAGCAGCGAGCUGGCCGUGCUGGCCGUACUCGACCAGGCAAGUGCUUCAGGCUCUACACAGAGAAGGCUUACAAAACUGAAAUGCAGGACAACACAUACCCUGAAAUUUUGAGAUCUAACUUAGGAUCUGUAGUAUUACAGCUCAAGAAGCUUGGUAUAGAUGAUUUGGUGCACUUUGAUUUUAUGGAUCCUCCAGCUCCUGAAACUCUGAUGAGAGCCUUAGAGCUUUUAAAUUACCUGGCUGCUUUAAAUGAUGAUGGAGACUUGACUGAAUUGGGAUCCAUGAUGGCUGAAUUUCCACUGGACCCACAGCUGGCUAAAAUGGUUAUUGCAAGCUGUGACUACAACUGUUCUAAUGAGGUCCUAUCUAUUACUGCCAUGUUGUCAGUCCCACAGUGUUUUGUUCGCCCCACGGAAGCAAAGAAAGCAGCAGAUGAAGCCAAGAUGAGGUUUGCCCACAUAGAUGGAGAUCAUUUGACGUUGCUGAAUGUCUACCAUGCUUUCAAGCAAAAUCAUGAGUCGGUUCAGUGGUGUUAUGACAACUUCAUUAACUACAGGUCCCUGAUGUCUGCAGACAAUGUACGCCAACAGCUGUCACGAAUCAUGGAUAGAUUUAAUUUGCCCCGUAGAAGCACAGACUUUACCAGCCGAGACUAUUACAUCAACAUCAGAAAGGCAUUAGUUACUGGGUAUUUCAUGCAGGUGGCACAUUUGGAGCGAACGGGGCAUUACUUAACUGUAAAAGAUAACCAGGUGGUGCAGUUGCAUCCCUCCACUGUUCUUGAUCACAAACCAGAAUGGGUGCUGUAUAAUGAGUUUGUCCUUACAACGAAGAACUACAUCCGGACAUGUACAGACAUCAAGCCAGAAUGGCUGGUGAAAAUUGCCCCUCAAUAUUAUGACAUGAGCAAUUUUCCACAGUGCGAAGCAAAGAGACAGUUGGAUCGCAUCAUUGCCAAACUUCAGUCCAAGGAAUACUCACAGUACUGAAUUUAUGCUUUGAACUGAAGUUAUUCAGAGGACAGCUUUAAGAGAUGAAAGGAUUCAAAGUUCAAGUUGUGCUCUUCACUUUGGUUCAAUAAUGGCCUUUAUUUGAAAGCUUUUUAAUUUUUCUUUACAGUAAAUAUUCCAUUCUGAUUUCAUAAAUUAAACAUUUAUGCCUCCCUUUUGUGUUGACACUGUAGCUCAUACUGGAAAAGCUAAUCAAUGUUUUGCAGUUUAUUGAAAGUAGUUCUAUAUAUAACAAUGUUCUAAGCAUUUCUUUAGAAAUGGUUGAAAAUGCUUCUAAAAAUGUGAUUAUCGACCAUGGUAUGCAUGAUCGUUGUAAUUGUUGACAUUCCUUUUAGAAGUUGUGAAAUGUUACAACUUGUGCUUCUGUAGACACAAUCUUCAGCUUCAGUACAAAGGUACUGACUUCAAUAAAGUCUAUUUAUACUAA